AUGGCAGCCCUAAAGCUCAGUACCAGGAACCUGGCAAAAAUCAAGAACGCAAGCAAGGGGCCGAUCCAAAUCCCAAUCUACCGUGAACGCAAUAUCGCCCGCAAUGCCGACGUUAAGGAGGGAAUCGUCCACAUUGGUGUGGGCGGCUUCCACAGAGCUCAUCUGGCUGUCUACGUCGACCAAUUGAUGCAGAAGCAUGGCGAGAAUAAGUACGCAAUUUGCGGCGUUGGCUUGCAACCCUUCGAUGCUGCCAUGCGGGAUGUCCUGAGAGAGCAGGACCACCUCUACACCGUCAUGGAGCGCUCUGACAAAGGAACCCUUGCCCACGUUGUUGGAUGCAUCAAUUCCUACCUCUUUGCCCCUGACGACCGCAAAGCCGUCAUCAACAAGAUGGCCCACCCAGAUACCCGUAUUGUGUCGCUCACCAUCACCGAAAGCGGCUACUACUACAACGAAAACACACACGAGCUGAUAAGCGAACACAUCGAUAUCCAGUCCGAUAUCAAACCAGGCAACGAGAACGCACCGACCACAACCUUCGGCUUCCUCUACGCUGCCUUGGCACGACGCUACCAUGAAGGACGCGACCCCUUCACCGUCAUGUCGUGCGAUAACAUGCAGAAGAACGGCUCCAUCACACGCAACAUGCUAGUGUCAUUUGCGCGCUUGCGCGACCCUAAGAUCGCGGAUUGGAUUGACGAGAAAGGCGCCUUCCCCAACGCCAUGGUCGACCGCAUCACACCUCAGACAUCAGACCAGGACAAAGCUACACUAGCGAAGGAGUUUGGAAUUGAGGACUCAUGGCCCGUCGUUACAGAGCCCUUUAUGCAAUGGGUUAUCGAGGACCAGUUCUCCAACGGCCGCCCAGACUUCGAGAAGGUCGGUGUCCAGGUUGUCAAGAAUGUCCACGCCGUCGAGCAGUUCGAGAAGCACAAGCUCCGUCUGCUCAACGGCAGCCACUCGGCCAUCGGCUACCCAGGCCAAAUGGCCGGCUUCAAAUACGUCCACGAAGUUAUGCAGAACCCGCAGUUGCGCAAGUUGGUGUGGGAGAUGAUGCAACAGGAGGUGAAGCCGCUCUUGCCCGAAAUUCCAGGCGUCAACAUCGACGAGUAUUGUAAAACGCUCAUGAAGCGCUUCUCCAACUCCCAAAUCCAAGAUCAACUGCCCCGCGUCUGCCUCAAUGCGUCCGGCAAGAUCCCCCAGUUUAUUAUGCCGUCGAUUGCCGAGGCGAUUAUGGAGAGUCAGAAGCAUCAAUGUGAAUAUCCUUUCCGCCGCCUGUGUUUCGUCGCGGCCUCUUGGUUCCUUUAUAUCAAAGGCGUCGAUGACCACGGCAAUAAGUUCAAGGUCAUUGAUCCCAUGCUUGACGAGCUCCUGGCUGCGGCUGAGGAUGGCGAUGGCCCCGACGGGCUGCUUAAAAUCAAGAGCCUCUUCGGCGACGACUUGCGCGGAUAUGCCAGGUUCACCAAUGAGAUGAGACAGGCCAUGAAAGACAUCUCUGAAAAGGGCGUCUUGAAAACACUCGAAGAGUACUUCCCCGAGGACGCUAACUAA